AUGGGUGAGCAUACCAGGGAGCUACGCUUUCCAGAGACUCUUUCUGUACAAAGUGUCAAAGUCAUUGGCCGGAGUGAGAAGGCACAACUGCAAGGUCCAGCAGGAUCCUCGAGUUUUGAGGGUCGUACCUAUCCAGAUAUUCGCAUGAUCGGUCUGGCAGUGUACGCGACGGAUCUUCUGGCUGCAAACUCUACCAUGUCUGCACUACGAGCAAGCUCGCCCGGCAUGUUCAGCAUGCCGAACGGUCAGCUCAUCACAAACAGCAUCGUGGUCAGAGGGAAGUUUAUCAAGCUGUCUAUCGUCGUUUAUGGCGAGGUUCUGCCAAGUGCAGAAAGCCAGUCGUUGCCAGCACUCCCCAGCAUAGCUCAACAUCUCCGACCCGAUUCAAGCUUUGAAAGCGACAAGCUUGACAUGGCGGACUUGGAAGAUCUGCGAAGCAGCGCUCUCAAGAGCAUAGAUGCAGAACUGGCAGAUACUGAAGGUGACACUGGCAAGCUGUCGGAUGCUACAGUCCCGUCGACAUUCGGUCGGGCUUUGGGGCUUGGUGCUGUGCAUGAGGCAAACUCCCGGCUGGCAGAUCAUGUCGCCUGGCUUCCUACAGUGCUCUUGGAAAGUGAUGCCGUGGAGAGCGAUCAAAUAGUCUCUCGGCUGGAAGCCUUGUCACAUGAUCUAGUUUUGUUGGCGCAGAGGGCGCCUGACAAUGCAGCUCAUAUUCACCAUGGCCCUGCGUUAUGCCGUUCUCUGCUUGCGCUGGUGUCUCGGUGCAUGGAGCGGCUGGAGCUCAGACCUUUACGAGCUACGCUGCAAGCUCUUGCCACAUGCAUGGUGUCGGCAACAGCAGCCGCCGAGAUAUUGGGCAGGAAGGGUGACCUUGACAUUAUUAUCCAAGUACUGAAGGACGAGGAGUGGAGCCAACAGAGUCUCAAACUAGCUGCACUCCAGACACUCUUGCAGCUGUGCUCGCACGCAGCAGGUAUGGAGGCAUUUCUUGGAUGGUCAGACGCGCUGUCCGGCCAAAUUACAGCAUACGAGGUUGUGCUGUCACUUGUUCUCGAUGGGACUCCGGGACAGCCAAGGCUGCAACAUGUUGCUGUAACAUUGCUGAGAAGGGCUUCUUUCUACGAGGCUCUGACUCGGCUUGAUCAGUGCUGCUCAAAGCUAGAGUCGAUAGAUGGAAGUGAGGCUCCUCAGGACAGUUUACACAAGGCCGCUGCAGCGGCACUGCGUGAUGCGACUGUUCAUCUUGAAGGCUUGAGUCAGCCGAACAACUUGCAAGAUGCCGAGCCAGGUUUCUCUGGACCUUUUGAUGAUAUUCCCGGCAACCAGCUUGUGGAUGAUUCAGCUUCCAAGCUUCCGGGCAUCAUCUUCGGAGGCAGUGGAACGGGCACAAUGCCCAGCGAUCCUUUCGCCCAAGGUCAAUGCCAUUUGUACGGAUUUCUGGAGUCAUUCAUGACUGGACGUCGCUUAUUGCCCGGACUUUCUGUUUUACUCCGCAGACUUGCCCAUAUUCAUCCACAUGAACGUCUCUUGCUCUUUCGACCGAUCCAACAGCUGAUGUGCAUUUUGCUGUCUUGCUCUGGAGGGCCUCAGUUUCUGGCUUCUGACAAUGCCACCUACACCACACUGUUAAGCAUUCUUGAGUGCGGAGUGGGGCACAAGAAGCUGCCGGCCGUGCCGCGCUUUCCUGCAGCUUUGGUCAGGGACUUGGCCGCCCCACAUCUGGGAGCUCUGGCUGCCACUCACGUCCGUGCUCUGCGACUGUCACUACUCCUUGUGGCUGCCACGAGGUCCAAAGGCCGUGGCGGACUUCUGCCUGAAGAGCAUGCUUGCCCAGCUCUGGCUGCUCUGCAUCGGCUUUGUGUCAGAGGUUCUGCUGGUCGCUGUGCAGUUGUUUAUGCAUUUCGCUCGGUGUUCUUCGCCGAAUGGCUGCUGCGACAAAUGGAGGGGCGUUUGGAGGAAGCUACUCCAAGUGGAAGCCGGCAAUCUCAGGUUCAGCCUUCCCUUCGCCAUCUUGUUGCGAUUCUCCAUGCUUUGGUAUUGUCAGACCCGUCCGGCGCUGCUGCAGAACGCUUUGGAACCAGAGCGUUGGCCUUGGUGCUGAGAGCAAUCCGGGUCUUGGAGCCAGAAGCAGAUGAGUGCCAGGCAGACCCGAGCGCUUUGUUGGAGUUUGCUUUAGAUAGUGAAGGUGCGGAGGGCGGACUUGGCAAGGCUGUCCGCUUCGGACGGCGCAGCGCGGACUUGGAAUUCCUCAAGAACCUCAAGGAGUUGGCGGCGCAAUUGCGGCCUUGGCAUCAAGAAGAGUCUGACGCAACACCUGCCAUCCAGAACGCCGUCGUGACCAGCAGUAAGCUGAUGGCGAGCUUGGUUCUUACCCGAGGACCUCGAUCAUUGAAGCGCUCAGCAAACGAAGAGCGGGGGAGUCGGCGACUGGCAUUGGUCCUGGGUGGACACUCUGCAGCCAGUGGAGUUGAUGUGCCAGAGGUUGACUUCAAGGCUGGAGAAGCUGGAGAACAUGACCUGGCUGAUGACCAUGAGCGCUAUCCCAGUGAGGAUCAAUCCGAGCUGCCGCUGCUGGCAAUGCGUGUCCUUUGUCGCAGGGCAGCCAGCAGUCCAAAAGAGGCUCUUUCAAUUGCCAUUGAGCAAGUUGCCGAUAGCGGCAAGGGUAGAGAUGGACUGGCUCAAUUGGUGCCUUGGCUGAUUCGAUGUGCAGGAGCUUUCAACCUGAAUCUGGAGGCAAGCAUUCUUCGAGAGGAAAAGAAGCCCAUAGCCUCCAUUUACGCCACCCGACGCUCUCACGCACAGCUGCUGGAAGCAGCUUUGCAGACUUGUGCGCACCUCCUCUGUGGACUCAGGGAUGCGGGCCUGUCUCAAUAUCGACACACCGAGUUGUGCCAAAGUCUUUUGAUGUUGGCACAUCGGCUGACGUCGGGAUUGUUCGGUCUGGCACCGCGUAGUGCUUUCAAUAGUGAUCCCGAGUUCAGGCUGCUUUGGCGACACUGCGUCGUGUGGGUUUGCCGUGUCUUCCGGGUUUGGUUUCAGAGCUUUCCUCGAGCAGCUGGAGGGCAGCUUCUACUCCCUUUGUUGCGGCAUGCUCGUGUAUUGCCAACCAACUUUACAGGAGGUAUGCUACUUCUUGCAUCGUGUGGGAGCCUCAAGCCAGUUCUCCCAUCAACAUCGCAUCAGUUCAGCCUGUCGUUUUCUACCUCUCAGCCUGGGGACAGCUUGCAAUCCCAGUUCGUGCUUUUACCAACAGGAACCCGCACUGGCAAUGCCGGAAUGGUGAUUUUGCGGCCUGUGACCCCAAGCCAAGCAGCCGGCCGAGAAGCAUGUGGCCAGUUUUGGAGCAGAACUUCAGAAGUACGGGAUUGGGAGGACAGCUCGCCUGGUUCCACAGACCCCCUCGUACGAGCACUCGCAGCUGAUCGGGAAGCUGCGGCAGCUCACGCUCUCGGACUGGUCGAGAUGGUCAAUCAGCGCAGGGAGCGGCUGUCCCUCGAAGACGUUGCCGAGCUGUUGGCAAUGGUUGCUGAGUGCGCUCUAACCUCCGAUGCCUUUCUGCAUCUCUGCACUGCCAAAGUGGUGGAGAAGCUGACAGUCGCUGGCCUUCCUGUUCUACAAUUGAUUCGAAGGCUGGCAGAGGCUGCGUUGAAUGGUGUUGUCCUGGAGACGGAGGGUGGUGAUGAUAUCAGUGGCGGUGCUGCCCGCGAUCCACGUGAUGCUCGUGCCGUUUCCCGCUUGCUGCUGCUCUUGGCCCACUUUGGAUCGCUGGGCCCAGCUGCAAGGAUGGCUCUGACAGAGCACCAGGUAGAAACGCUUUGCCAGUCAGUUCUUGCCCAUGCACCUGCCACUUCUUUGCCUGCCAUGGCCUUCUCUCAAUCCAUCAGGCUGUUGGGCUUGAUGUUUGCAUCGCCAUCGUCUCACUCUGUGCCAAAAUGCAGAAUGGUUGCCAAGGCUGUGAACCUUCUGAUCAACAAGGGUCCGGAUGAGACUUAUCCUGCAAGUGUCUCAACGAUCUGCGCUGCGUUGGAGCUUUUGCUGGGUCUCUGCACGCCACAAUGGCUCUGCCUCAACUUGAUUUUCAGCGCUGGAGAGACAUGUGACGGAGAUCUGCGGGUGAGCGUGAGUAGUGCCUUCAAGUUGGGACAUUGUGCCCAACGCAUUGCUUUGGAGCUUCAGGCAUGUUGCCAGCAAUGCCGCGGAGCGGAGAGAGGAUCCGAAGAAGAGGUGACCGCCUUUGAGGAACUUGCAACUUGGCUCCGAGCUGCAGACUCUCUUAUCUCUCUGUCACUAGUGGUUCUCGGCCACUGCCCCUCCGCGACUGUGUUCCUUCAGGUCGUGAUGAGUGAGAGUGCAUCAACCAACCUCUUGGAAGGGCUUGUGGUUGCUCUGCAACAUGCGCCUAACAACCAGCAGCACACAAACAGCAACUACAUCCACAUCCAUGAGCAGGUCGGUAACAUCGUCAAAGCUGUACGUGACUUGCGUGAGAAAGUAUCUGCAAAGCCGUUGGAUCCAAUUCCAUCAGUGCUCCCCGCGCAAUUGUUUGAGCAGCCCUCGCGUGUGGGACGGAGCACAAAAGCGUCAGGCAACGCAGCAGAUGCUUCCUUGAACGGUGCUGCCGCCGAUCCAAUGAAGGACUCUUCAGAUGACAGUGCGAAUGCCGUGACUGAUGUUGUUGCCCUUCUGGAUGCAGCGGCCGAUCUCGAAGCCAGUGCUGAAUGGGCUUCUGUUGUGGAGCUUGACUCUGCGGAGCCUCCUGCAGAAGACUCAAAAAUGGAUUGGGAGUUUGAUGCCACGGCGCUGAAGAGAAAGCGACAGGACUUCCUUGAAAAGUUCGAGUCUGACAGGAAGGCAAAGCGUCUGAAACAGCAGCAGGAGAAGCAGGAGAAGCAACUGCAGGAGAAACAGGAGAAGCAGGAGAAAAUGGAGAAACCGUGGAUGGAGCGCCCUGAGGAGCGCAGCACGGUCCCGGCAGCGGGUCGAUCAGCCCACUCAGACCCCGAUGCUUCUGCUUCUGCCGCUUCCGGCGCUGCCGGUGCACGGGAGGAUACUCGAGUUGCAGAGGCCGUUACUUCGGAUCCAGCCGUGAAUCCAGCUGAGGCACUGCAGUCUUUCUUAAAGGAUCAUCCCGAGUUCAUGCGGGUUUUGCAGAACCCGAAGAAAUGUUUGGCUGAUCCACGUGUGAAGACUAUGUUUGUCACUGAGCUGCAAAACUAUCCUGCUGUCAAGUCUUUUCUCGCUUCGAGGGGGCUGCAGCUUUCGCAGUGCACCACUGACACAGCAGCCAUCCAUUCACUGCACUCUGCAGGCCGUGAGUUGAUCGAGCGUGAACCUGCUGGACAGCUUUCUGUUAGUGAGCUUCAGUCAGCCGUUUCCUGGGAAGUGCUCCUCGCAAUGGGGAGGCCCUCAGAUCGCUGUUUCGAUGACUUUGUGCUAUUCGAAGCAGUGCAGGCGGUGAAUUACUUCUUGCUACCUCGAGGGCCGGAUGGCACCCAGACCCUGCAGAAGGGUCCGUUCACCUUCGUGCACAAUCUCCUUCACAUGACUGGUGAGCGGGUGUGGCAACCGUUCGUGCAUGAGAAGGUGGCAGCUGUCUACAAUGGAGAGAUCUACAACGCACGACAGGUUCCACCAGGAUUUGAAGAACGACACCUGUAUCGAUCAGAUGGAGAGUGCCUGCUGCCAGCCUAUCGGCAUCUGGGGCCUCGCUUUGUGCAGGCAUUGGAUGGGGAGUUUGCCCUUGUGGUCGUGGACAUGGAGCAGCAAGUGGCGAUCUUGAGCACCGACGUCUUUGGCACAAAGCCUUUGUGGUACUCUGUGUAUGAGGGGCUGCAUGCAUCUUCAUAUCGAUCGGCCUUGGUUCGCCUUGGAAUUCCGGAGGGGCACAUUCGAGCCGCCAGGCCCAACGAGGUGAUGCAGCUCACGUUCAGCUUGGAGGCGGAUGCCCCACGGCCUGGUGCUGUCCUUGUCACAGCAGCAAAGUUCCAUGCCGUGCAUGAAUUCGAUCUGCGCCAGUUUAAGACUUCAACUAUAGACUGGCAGACUGCAUUCAAGAAGGCAGUUUGGAAGCGGGUUGCUGCUUCAAACCACCCAGUCUUCAUGGGCCUAAGCAGUGGUUAUGAUUCUGGUGCUUUGCAUGUGGCCCUGGAAGCUGAAGCUGCGGCACACUCAGUGAAUUACUUCACCGUGGUGGCAGAAGAGCUCCCUGAUGUCAUUGACAGGCGUCUCGCUCAUAACAAAUCGGUCUCCCGUGCCUUCCUGCUAAGCCUUUCCCUCCAAGACUUCCAGACAGAGCAGUCCUGGCUCGCAGUGGCUUCUGAGCCAUUCCGGUAUGGAAAGAGCAAUUGGGCAGGAGGAUCCGUGCAAGAAGAUGGGGCUGCCACGGGCCUUUCCGCAAUUUUCAGGCGAUGCAGACAGUCGGGCAUCCUGGUGUAUCUUUCAGGGGCAGGAGCAGAUGAAAUUAUCUCAGAUUAUGGCUUUGCCGGGGUCAAGUUUUUCCCGCACAGUUCAUUUGGGGGUCUGUUUCCAGAUGAGCUGGCAUCAAUAUUUCCUUGGCCAUCGGUUUUUCUCGGAACGCAAAGAGACUACCUCAUGAAGGAAGAAGUUGUUGCAGGCAGCCACGGAAUUGAAGCGAGAUACCCAUUCCUUGACAAACGUGUUGUGCAGGAAUUUUUGUGGCUAACCCAUACAGUCAAGAACGAACUCUACAAGCGACCUGUGCAUGACUUCCUGUCCGGCGCAGCGUAUCCUUUCGACCGAGAAAAGAAAGAGGGCUUUGCAGCCGGUCGUAAUCUGAAGCUCUUCGGCAAGACUACGGUGGAUGUGCUGUAUGACGCCCUCCUGAACGAAGGGCUGGUGUUCACUCAAAAAGAAGAUGAAGAAGAGGGAGCUCGCUCAGAUCGCUUAUGCAUGAGGCAUCUUCGCGGUAGCUCCUGGCAGCUUGCUCGAUCUCAGCUGGUUGCCUUCCUGUCCACGCCGGAAGACGAGGUAGAAGCUGUUGGAGAGCUUGGUGGGGCACUCGUUGCCUUUUCCCUCCAGGCUGAUGUGCUUGGCAAGUCCGAACCUUGCCUGCUUGGUGAGCUUUGCCUCCAGCUGUUGGUGCUACUUUUGCUCGAGCCGAGCUCGAGAGCACCACAGAUCAAGUUGGGGCACGUUGAUCUUCUGCCGAUGAUCUUCGGACUGUCCUGGGAAGCAGUCAUAGCAUCUGGUUGGCCACUCUUUGCGCUGCUCGUCCGUUUGGGGCGCGAGGAGCGUGGAUUUGGGCGCGGGGACUCUGUCGGCAGAGACUCCGUCAGCAGCACGGGUGGAAGUACCUGCACAUCUCUGGAAGUGGCCCUAGCAAUUGUGAAGACCGUUCUUCGAAUAAGCCAUGCAGGCAAAUCAAGCAUUCGGCCUGCGAGUCCUUCCAUACGAGCAGCUCAGGAGAAUGCUCUUGAUUGCUGGACAGGCAGCACAGAUUUCCAAACAGUAUUGCAGAGCGAUCGCAUGCUUGAUCUUUUUGCUGCAUUAGAGACAUUGAGCAAGCCGCACUACAGGGUUAACCUGGCUGACGCAUGGCAUUUGACGGCACCUGGGACGACUGCUGCUGAGAUCGGGCUGCACGGCUGA